GCUCCGAAGCCUUCGCAAAAGGUGAAUGGAGUAGAGUGGUCUCCGACAGCCCCUUUGACCCUCACCGUGACUCACGAGGAUCAUCCCAGCGGCUCCCAAGUUGCCUUCAAGAGCUGGCAGCAGAUCUGGUCAACUUCCCAAACAUUCUUCAGUUUCGAAAUGUCCGAUCUCCUUCGCUCGGCCAUGAGCGCCCGAUUGGCCAAGCUUCCCGCCGAUCUACCGAAUUUGCGUGACGAGGAUGAGGAUGGGGAUGGGGAAUCGUCCGACACAGUGGGCCAGCUUCCCGGUGAUAUAGGCAGCGGACUAGGUCCACCAGCAGUCCCGCGUCUCACUCGCAAGCCCAAAGCCAAACGGCCACCCAAUCCCGACUUCGCGCCCAUCUCCGCCUCCGGAUUCUUCUCCGACGCGCUUCAGGUCGUCGUGUCUUCCCGUAAUCUGGACGUGCGCGUCUACUACACGCCGCCCGAUCAAGCUGGGGGUACCGUGUUAGUAUGCCAUCACGGAGCGGGAUACUCUGGACUCAGCUUCGCCUGUCUCGCGAAGGAGAUCGCAGGCAUGACCAAGGGAGAAUGUGGUGUUCUUGCAUUAGACGCGAGGCGGCACGGAAAGACAAAGUCCCUGCCGGAAGGCAGCAAGGAAGACGAGGAUCUCUCGAUCAACAUCUUGGUGGAUGAUCUGGUCGAGAUCAUCUCUACCGUCUUUCCCGACGCAUCUGCUGCCCCUUCCUUACUCCUAAUCGGCCACAGCAUGGGUGGUUCCGUCGUCACGAGGGCUUGUCCCAGAAUCCAAGAGCGCAAGUUCCGGGUGACCGGCGUGGCAGUACUGGAUGUUGUUGAAGGAUCGGCGAUGGAAGCUCUCCCGCACAUGCAAAACCUUCUCAACUCUCGUCCUGACGGGUUUGAUUCAGUUGAGGAUGCUGUCGAGUGGCAGUGGGUAUCUUUUUCAAGACCAAGGCGAUCCACAAUUCACACUCCGCGCGCAUAUCUGUACCUUCCAUCAUCACACCAGAACCAGCGUCAUCCUCGGUUGGAUUCCCCUUCGUUUGGAGAACCCCGUUGCGCUCGACGGCGCCGUAUUGGACCAGCGAGUAGCGGCACUUUGAAGAACGGAUAUCUCACUGACAAGAGGGUAGGCUGGUUCUCUGGUCUCUCGGCUGCCUUUCUCGCUGCUCGCACUGCCCGACUGCUCCUGCUGGCAGGCACCGACCGGCUUGACAAACCACUGAUGAUCGCUCAAAUGCAAGGCAAAUUCCAGAUGAUCGUAGCGGGCGGUGGAGUGGGCCAUCUGCUCCAUGAAGACAAUCCCACACAUAUCGCUGAUAUCCUCGUCGAGUUCUGGCGGAGGAAUGACACGCUCAGGCUUCCACCCAAGAUGGGAGGUGUCCGAAUCAAAGCUGUGGGAGAAGAUUAGAAUGCACGUAGAAGCAUGAAUUGUACGCAGAGCUAAUGUUGGCCCCCCAGGGUAAACGAAAGCUAUUCAUUGGUGCAUCGCAUACACAUAUAUACCACAC